CAGUUAUUAAACGAUUCAGUCAAUGGAAUAUAUUGUUACUGUUUCAAGAAGAAAUAGUCUCAAUAUAGCUUGACAUUAAAUCAAAUAUUAAUUUACUUCGAUGUGUAAAUUAUUUGAAACUAUAGUAGGCUACUUGAGAAUUCAACAUUAAUAUUCAACAUGGUACACCACUUCCGGAAUCUCUUCCAAGUUCUUUUGAUUGCUUUUGCGAACGAAGUCAUUAAACAGUCAUAUUGUUUGGUAGAAAAUCUCGAAUGUUAUCCUUCAAUUUGUGAUGCUGAAAGUUUACAACGAAGAUGUUCUUGUCAUCAGUAUUGUAAUCUAUAUAAUGAAUGUUGUUCAGAUGUGAUCAGCGAAACUAUAAUUGAACAUGGAACAUUGUCAACAGAUUAUAGCUGCAGAAAAAUUAACGAUAAUAAAUCAGACAGUUAUUUUUUGUUUGACCGCUGUCCAAGCGACCAUUCAGUAACAGAACACGUUACUUACUGUGAAACACCAGACGAGAAUGACCGAUUAUACAACAUACCUGCUUUAGGGAAAAAAACUAAAAGACUUUACAGGAAUUUGUUCUGUGCUCUGUGUAACGGAGAGGAAUACAUAUUAUGGACAGUUCACUACAAAUGCAAUCAUCAAAUGGAUAUUGAUUUAUCACUCUUCUCUCAAAUGUUGAGAAAUAAUCAUUGUAAUGUAUCGAUUGAAGCUCCAUCUAACUUUAGCGAUUACCAAUAUCCUUGUACAGAUUAUGUUUCAAGCUGUCCUAUAAAACUUACCAAUGCAACUUUAGUGUCUUCUUGUGUGUUUGAACCAAUGUCUAUGGUAAAAUCAAAUGGAACUAAUUUCAGAAACACUCACUGCGCCAUCUGUAAUAGUGUUGAUAUUAAUGAUACUGAAUGUAACAUAUCUGUCUCUGGAGAAAAGUCAUAUGAAAUAGAAAUGUACACUUUCAAAGCAAUAUUUAAUUACAAUAACAACACUGUUGAAGUAUUAAAUGCAUCUAAUGAAAAAAACUAUUUUAAAAAAUUGCCCCCUUGUUCGCAUGGAUUUGUUUAUGAUGAACUAAAGAAUGAAUGCCGACAAGUUGAAUUUAAUUCCGUGUUAAAUUGUACAACUAAAAGACUGAAGGAAUCUGAAUAUCAUUUUACUAGUGACGGGUUUCUUUAUCUCAAUUCUUCCCAGACGUGGCUAAACCAGUCAGAGUUCAGUCGAGAUCCUCAAGGAAUAAGUAUCUGUGUAAAUGAUCAUGAGACAGGAUGGCAGUUUCUGGAGGUUUUUUUUAUUCUUAUGUAUAUCGGAAUAUUGUCCUCCGUUGUAGCAAUAUUCAUAACUAUUACAGUCUAUCUCUGUAUACCAGAACUCCGUACAUUACCAGGUAAACUAAUCAUGGGAUUGUUGUUCUCCAUGUUUGCAACCGAAUUUGUUCUUUACAUCAACAUUCAUACUAAAUUUCAAUUACCAUGCAUUAUAGUAAUGCCUUUAAUGCAUUAUUUCAUACUAACAUCUGUCCUCUGGAUGAAUGUCAUAUCAUUUGAUGCGUUCUACACAUUCUCAGGAAUUAUAAAAUUUCCAGUUGCAGAAAAACAAGGGAAGAGGUUUAUCUUCUAUUCUUUAUAUGCUUGGAUAACUCCACUUGUAAUUGUGAUAGCAGCACUGCUAUUUUAUCUUAAAAUUCCGCAUGAAAAUUAUUGUUUGUAUCUUAAUGACGUAAUUUCGGCUUUUGCAAUUCCAAUAACAGCAAUUUUAUUAAUUAAUACGUUGAUGUUUUUCAUUACCGCCAUAUGUCUCUAUUUAGCUAGAAAAAGCACAUCAAAAUAUCUUGGGCUACGUAAGAAAAGAGGAUUUAUGAUUUAUUUUAAACUAAGCCUUAUUAUGGGUAUCACAUGGGCUUUUUUGCCAAUAUUUGCCUAUGCCAACAUGGAUGACGCAAUCGUUAUAUGCUUCACCUUAAAUACUUAUGUCGGGAUAAUCAUUGUUUUCAACACCUUUCCUGCAGCAUUAACACGAAACACAGGAGUAAAACGAGCUUUGGUAGCACCAUUGUGGCUAGCAUCUACAUUUUUAUUGCCAACAAAGUCUAUGGUUGUUGAACUCAACAUGUCAACGUAUGCAGCUGGCUCUAUAAAAUAUAUAUUCAGCAUGAGACAUCAUUUCUGUAAUCUCCUUCACAUCCUGCUGAUAGCUUUUGGAAACCAAGUUAUUCAGCUUUCAUAUUGUUCGGUGAAAAAUAUUGAAUGUUAUCCUUCGCUUUGUGAUACAGAAAGUUUGCAAAGAAGAUGUUCUUGUCAUAAACAUUGUUAUCUAUAUAAUGAAUGUUGCUCAGACGUAAUUAAUGAAACAAUAAGUGACCUUGGAACAUCCUUAAUGGAUUAUAGUUGCAGGAAAAUUAGUGAUAAUAAAAUAGAAAGUUAUUUUCUAUUUGAUCGCUGUCCAAGUGAACAUUCAGUUACAGAACACGUUACCUAUUGUGAAACACCGAAUGAGAAUGACCAAUUAUACAACAUACCUGCUCUGGGAAAACGAACUAAAAGACUUUACAGGAAUUUGUUCUGUGCUCUGUGCAACGAAGAAGAAUACAUAUUAUGGACAGUUCACUAUAAAUGUAAUCAUCAGAUGGAUAUAGAUUUAUCACACUUCCUUCACAUAUUGAGAAAUAAUCAUUGUAAUGUAUCGAUUGAAGCGCCACAGAACUUUCGCGAAUAUCAAUAUCCAUGUACUGAUUAUAUUUCAAGUUGUCCCACAAAAUUUACCAAUACAUCUUUAGAUUCUCCUUGUAUGUUUGAACCAAUGGCUAUUGUGAGAUCAAAUGGGACUAGUUUUAGAAACAUUCAUUGCGCUAUUUGUAAUGGUAUUGGUAUUAAUAAUAUUGAGUGCAACGUAACGAUCUCUUUAAACGUGUCACAUGGAAAGAAGGAGUAUAGCCUAAUAGCAAUAUUUAACUAUAAUCAUAACACAGUUGAACUAUUAAACGCAAAUAAUGAAAAAGUAUAUUUGAAAGAAUUGCCGUACUGUUCACCUGGAUUUCUUUACGACGAACUGAAGAAUGAAUGCCGACAAGUUGACUUUAGCUUCAUCUUAAAGUGUACCCCCGAAAGAUUAGACGAUUCUGAGUAUUCUUUCACUCUUGAUGGAUAUAUCUAUCUGAAUUCUUCAAGAACGCUGCUAAACCAGUCAGAAUUCAUUCGAGAUCCCCAAGGCAUAAGUAUUUGUGCAGAUAUUUAUAACAUAGACGCGCCUAUGGAUCUUAAAAUAUACCUUCUAUUUUCGGGAAUAUUGUCCUCCAGUGUAGCUCUAAUCAUCACUGUUACGGUCUAUUUCUCUAUACCGAAACUCCGUACAUUACCAGGUAAACUAACUAUUGGACUUUUAUCUUCAAUGUUUGUAACACAGGUUGUUUAUUUCAUCGAAAUUGUUAUGCAACGCCGAUUGGUGUGCAACGUAUUCGACAUAUUCUUUCAUUAUUUCAUGUUAGCGACUGCUUUUUGGAUGAAUGUUAUAUCAUUUGACGCUUCAUACAAAUUUUCAGGAAUUAUAAAGUUUCCAAUUGCAGAAAAACAAGGGAAGAGAUUUAUCUUGUACUCCUUAUAUGCUUGGAUGUCUCCACUUAUAUUUGUGAUUGCAACAUUGAUAUAUUUGCAGAUUAUUUCUCCUAAAGAUCCGGACGAAUAUUUUUGUUGGUAUGAUAGGAAUGGACUUCUAACGUGGUUUGUUGGAGUUCCGCUGAUAACAAUUUUAUCUAUGAAUAUGUUGAUUUUCAGCGUCACAGUCGUAGGUCUCUGUUUAGCUAGGAAAAACUCAUCAAAUCAUCUUGGGGUACGUAAGGAUGUAGGAAUUAUGAUUUAUUUUAAAUUAAGCCUUAUAAUGGGUUUAACAUGGUAUUUUAUGCCUUUAUUUGCCUUCGCCGAAAUCUACGACGUUUACGAUGUUAGCAUAAUUGUAAAUGCUUUUAUCGGUUUAAUAAUUAGUAUUACACUCCUGUCAACGAAAGUCGUAAGACGCCAUUUCAAACAAUCAUGCUCCAAAUGUUGGUACAAAAUGCAUUGCUAAUCAUGAAAUCAUUUAAUUUCAUCGUAUUACACUAUACAAGUAAUCAAAAAGAUAUAGUUAGGUGUUUAACUAAAUCCUAUAAGACACGAAUUAUCACACACUAGGUAUAACUAUAAACUCUUCAACUCUAAUCACAUUAAUGUAUGUUAUUUCUCUCUAAAAUAUUGCUUCCCGAAUUAAAAAAUAUAGUCCAAAACAAAUUCCUGGAGGCGUCAUUCAUUAUUCAAUUUGUAACUGAAAAGAUUUCACCCAAUCUGUCCCACCGCCCAUUGGAUUGCUGCUUGUCCAAUGAAGUAAUAUAUCGAUGAUCGUAAGAAUUCAAAACGACGUCAAGAAUGAGUAUACCAAAAAUGAGAAUAUGAUGCUAAAUGUGAACGCUAUCAAACUGUCGCUUCCAUCAAUGUUUUCACUCGUUAGAUCAAGUCAAAGGGAAAAUCCAAAAUACAUACAAAUCAAAAGUAGUCAUUGAGAAAUCAUAAUUGGUCGUGUCAAUUAUUCAGAUACUUCCUCCCCAGAAGGGAAAGAAAGUAGCAGCUGACCGACUCCCUGCAGCAUGUUCUAUCACGAAACAAAUAUUAACCGAUAAUUCUCAUCGGUUGAUUUCACAAUUUACCUAAGGUCCUACGUGUUAUCGUUUGAAAAAUAGCCGAUAUAUACGUCUCAGCAUUUAGGAAUAUCCAUGUAAAGUUGGAUUGAAACAUUGACUGUUUCUCAUAUAUACGAUAUAGCAAGAGCUACCUUUCGCUUGUUAGUUUGUGGCACCUUCCUUUCCAGUAUGUGGCACUGAGGAGGACAUAACAACUCUGAAAUGUAUGAUUCCAUCAGCCUGGGUAGGUGAAUCUUCGAACUUAAUUGGUGCUUUUGCACCUAUAGAUGUAUAUAGUGAGAGACUUUCUUCAUGACAAAAUACCAUGAACGGAUUACAAGUUCGAAUAUAUAUAUA